UUUGAACUUUUAUGCAAAAUUUUUUAUCGACGGAGUAUUUCAUUGUUUUUACGCGUAGUUCAGUUUUCAUAGCCCAGAGGCACUGUAGUUGUUUGCGAAGGACGCAAUUUCCAGCCGACGCUCGCGUAAUGUGCUAUAUACAUAAAAUAUAUACAAGAAUGCCGCAGUGUGUAGAACGAGAAUAAAUUGUGAGUUAGUGUGCGUGAUUACAUCAAUCGCUGAUAUUGUUUCGUCGAAUGUGAUUUCUAGAAAGAGAGGGAGGAUACACACGCCACCCACCUGGGGGCGAUACGCGAUCGAAAAUGUACGCAAUAUUCGUUUCAUUUAACGAAAUUCAUCGAUGACCAGGGUCACGUUAUAUUUCUCGUUUUCAUUUUCGUGUUACGAGCGAAACGCGUCUAUUGAGAAAAUCUCCCGUGAACGAGAAGAAAAGGGACGUAGAAGACAGAAAAAGAAAAAAAAACAACACACGACAAAAACCAUGGAGUAAAUUUUCUGUGACUCCAGUGGUCCAUUGUUUUGACGCGCACAGAAAUGGCGGAUGCUAUAUUUAUCACGCACUUUGUGCUCUUGUUGACAUUCGAAUUAUGUCCAGCGGAGAGGCCUAAAAGUCCAUUAUUGGAAGAGCAACAAAAUGGCUUGGAUAGCGAAGAACCGGCAGAAUCUAUUGACUCCCUUAACAACCCACGUUUCAGUGCAAACAGUGGAGCUCCUCGACGAUUCAAAUGUUACUCAUGUGAGGGAAUGGAAUGCAGAAAUCCGGAGUUCUGCAAUAAUGCCAUUACGUGCUGGAAAUCGAGAGUUCGAGAGUCGGACGGUACUGAACGCGUCAAACGUGCAUGUACAACUGAACCGGAUCAAAUGCCACUGAUAUGCAACAAACUUGCUCCAGGAAGCAAACACGGAGCACACUAUCACGUAGAAUGUUGUCAGGCAGAUUUGUGUAACGACGGGCCGUUUCCCAUGUUGGAACGCCUGAAUGAUACUGACAGCGAAGACUAUGCCGUAAAACUGACCCUAGCAAUUCUUGGUCCCAUGGUGGGUCUUGGUGCGGUAGCUGGUGGUGUUUUAUUUUGCCUUUUGGCUCGUAGAACAAGAAGGAAACGUCCUUUAGCACCAAAACGCAAUAAACUUUUGAUGGAUUCGGAGCUGGAACCUUCAAUGUUGCAUUUUACCUCGUCUUCUCCGACAUCCACAACUACUUAUCAUCCUCACGAAUUGCGAGCAACCGCUGCGGGUGACAGUACACUUAAAGAAUAUUUGGAUGGUAGAAGUUUGACGAGUGGUUCAGGUUCCGGUUUGCCACUGCUAGUGCAACGAACUUUGGCAAAACAAGUGGCAUUGGUCGAGUGUCUGGACAGUGGCGGAAGUGGAUUCGGCGGUGAAAUUUGGCGAGGUGUUUGGCAUGGAGAGAGUGUAGCAGUGAAAAUAUAUUUUUCACGUGAUGAAGCUGCCUGGGCGAGCGAAACUGAAGUUUAUUCGCAAUUAUUACCAUCGAGGCACGAUAAUAUUCUUGGUUAUGUGGGCAGCGAUAUGACGAGUCGGGCGAGUUGCACGCAGCUUUGGCUCGUAACGCACUAUCAUCCGCUUGGCUCGUUACAUGAUCAUCUUAGCUGCUCUCCCCAUCCACUCACCCACCAUCAAACACUUAAUAUUUGCCUCGGCAUCGCGAACGGCCUGCUCUAUCUUCAUACCGAGAUAAACGGUACUAAAGGCAAACCCGCGAUGGCCCACCGUAAUUUGCGCUCUAAAAAUAUUCUCGUUAAAACAAACGGCAGCUGCGUUAUCGCCGAUUUCGCUCUCGCCGCGACGCAGGAUCGUCUCACUACUGAUAGAAUCGAUCUUAGACAGGGUAGCAAACGAUAUAUGAGCCCUGAAGUUCUCGAACAAAUAUUAAACACGGAGUGUUUGGAAAGUUUUCGAUGUGCCGACAUAUACAGUCUCGGAUUAAUCCUCUGGGAAGUCUGUCGUCGUUGCAUAAGCAAUGGCGUUGCCCUCGAUUACGCAGCUCCUUAUUCAGAAUGGUUAACGAGCACGACUCAGGAGCCUUCGAUCGAAGAAAUGAGAAAAUUGGUAUCUCUCGAUCAACGGAGACCGCCGAUUCCGAACAGAUGGCAUUCGGACGCAACUUUAGCGGGUUUGGGAAAAUUGAUGCGCGAGUGCUGGCACGGAAAGCCUGCAGCUCGAUUACCAAUUCUUCGAGUGAAGAAAACUCUCAUUAAAUUAGCAGCCAACGACCCACGUGUUCAUUUACACCUUGAUUGACCAGCGAUUGUAAAAUCGACUCUUACUUCACACUCGUAUUUAUUAUUACCGUUAUUCCAUCGAUUAAUCAUCAUCAGCAUUAUAAAAUUAGGUUUGUUCAUCUCCAUCGUAAUCGACCGUUUAUCAUCCCAUCUUGAGAUCCUUGUUCAAGAGUUACGAAAGAGACGAAGAACAAGGAAAACGAGAACAUCGUCCGUCGACAUAUCAAAAUCACUGAAACAUUCAUUCGCAUCACAACGAAAUCACUCGUGUCCUUUUUUCUCAUCUAUAUUUUUCGUCUCGAUAGAAGAAUAAUGAUCAAUUAGCGUUGAUGACCCUUUACACGUGUUAGCGUAACAUUUUAUUUCAUGAAAAUUAUCAUUUUUUCACGACCCAAUUGAAUAUUCAUGGAAUAAAAUGUGAGCUGGAAAUGUUUGCGUGAAGUGUCGUAUUUUUCGAAAACAAAAUUCGUCGAACGCAAAAUAAAGUUACUAAGUACAAAAGCCUUUUGUCGUCUCGGUGCCAUGAUAUUUAUCGAUUUUUAUUUUUUUUUCGUUUGAAACUUCUUAAUGAGCUUAGAGAACGAAGGUCGAAUUUUGUACAGUCUUGAGUCGACUUAUUUUUUACGUUAUCUAUAAUUAGUGAAUUUAUUAUUCUCGCUAAUCAUUUUUACUAUACCGCGUGUACAUACCUUUUUCUUUUCUUAUUCUUCGUUCAUGUGCUGCACUAAUAACGUUUGCAGAUCAAUUCAUUCGGAGGCGUAGGAGGUUUAAACAAGUAAUUAAAUAAAACUAAAUAUUAUAUAUAUCUCGAUCGAUAAUGGAAGACGUUGUAAAUAGCACAUUUGUAUCGAUACAAUAAUUAUAUGAUAAUUCAUUCAUUAUAUACGUGAUUGUCGUCACUGAAAGUAAUCCAAAAAAAAACAAUGAACCUCGAAAGUAUGAUAAAAAUAAAACUACAAUUAUACAAAUUUUA